CUGAAGUCAUUAAAUCGCCACAGUUCAGCAAUCGGCAUUGGAGGAGACAGAGGACAAUAAGUGAACGCCACAUGGAUAUCUAUCAAAACUAAACUAGAAGACACAUUUUUUACAUAGUAAAUGAGGCAUUUCAGUUUAGAAUCGUUAAAGUUUGAUUGAUUAUCCACGUUUUUUAAAUUUAUCCCACGGAGCGUGCGUUCAUAGUAGCACUCGUGUUCCAAUUACAGCGCGACUGAGGUCUGCUUUGUUCUCAUUUUGACAGCGCUCGCUCUGCAACUGUUCACGAUGGAUAUUUCAGAUAAGGAACCCCGAUCUGAUGAAGAGAUAGAAUAUGAAGAGGAAGAAGUUGACCCCAGAAUUCAGGGGGAACUGGAGAAGCUCAAUCAGUCCACAGAUGACAUCAACAGAUGCGAGACAGAACUGGAGGAUGCAAGACAGAAGUUCCGCUCGGUGCUGGUGGAAGCGACGGUGAAGCUGGAUGAACUGGUCAAGAAGAUCGGCAAGGCGGUGGAGGAGUCCAAACCCUACUGGGAGGCCAGGAAGGUGGCCAGACAGACUCAGCUGGAGGCCCAGAGGGCCACCCAGGACUUCCAGAGGGCCACGGAGGUGUUGCGGGCAGCCAAGGAGACCAUCGCCCUGGCAGAGCAGAGGCUGUUGGAGGAAGACAACAGGCAGUUUGACUCGGCCUGGCAGGAGAUGCUCAACCACGCCACCCAGAGGGUGAUGGACGCGGAGCACACCAAGACGAGGAGUGAGCUGGUGCACAAGGAGACGGCGGCCAAGUACACGGCGGCCAUGGGCCGCAUGAAACAGCUGGAGAAGAAACUCAAACGCACCAUCAGCAAGUCCAAGCCCUACUUUGAAUUGAAGGCAAAGUACUACCUGCAACUUGAGCACCUGAAGAAGAACGUGGAUGACCUGCAGGCCAAGCUGUCGCAGGCCAAGUGUGAAUACAAGACUGCCCUGAAGAACCUGGAGAUGAUCUCCGAUGAGAUCCACCAGCGCCGACGCAGCUCCGCCAUGGGGCCGCGGGGCCGCGGCGUGGGCGCCGAGGGUGCCGAGGGCGACGGCGUCUCCGGGGACGACGGCGUCGCCGGGGACGACAUCACAAACUUCAAGAUGGAGUCGGAUGGUAUCUCCAUGACAUCAGAGUCCUUCGAGGAUGAGACGUGUAGCAGCGCCAUGUCAGAAGAAGACUCCGAGACCCGGUCCACCUGCAGCUUAGGCUCCUCCCCCAGCACCCCCCAGGACCUGCUCUCGCCCUGCCCCUUCGCCAGCUCCUCCUCCUCCUCGCCCGCCUCCUCCCCCAGCCCCUUGUCCUCCUCGUCCUCCUCCCCUGCUCCCUCCUCGCGCCCCUGCAGCCUGGACCUGACCAGCCCCGUGUCGCUCUCUGACUUCGGCCUCAUCUCGCCAGUGCUGGGACCUCGUAGCGAGUGCAGUGGGGCGUCUUCCCCCGAGUGUGACAUGGAAAGAGGUGAUAGAGCCGAAGGGGCGGAGGGAGAGCUCGACAACUUUCUCAACAACAACCACUCCAGCAACGCCUCGAACAGCCGAACCAGGAAGGCCACCAGCCUGGAAGGCCGUUUCAGUUUCCUCAACCUCCGACGCCCUCGCACCGACAGCGCCAAGAACGUUGAACGCGACCGCCAAAGCUGCUUGCCCACCUCCAACCCCACCCAGACUGGAGUCUAAACACCUGUAGAACUGCUAGUCUGUGCUAAUGUGCUAGGUUGCUAUCCAGCACAUACCCCACCUCACCCCAUUAAUCAUCUCCAUUUAUGAACUAAGAGUAAGACUCAACUAAAUGGUCGGUGUAUAUACAGUUCCUAUGGAUCAUUUAUGAAGAUGUUAGGAAUCUACUGGAUGGUGAGUUGGAAGUGUUUUGAACUAUUAACUUUUCCUUAGUCUAGUCUUAUUGGACAGGUAAUACUCAACAUACUCAAAGGACAUUGAUGUAUUUAAGCUUAACGUUGACUGAUUUGUUUGAGUAUAGUAGGGGAAAUGGGACAAACUAAGUCGUUUUUACUGUGAUCUCCCUGUGUGGAACUGCACUUAAUCUCUGUAAAAUCACAAUUGUAGACAUUUUAAAAUGGGGGUUAUUCAUAAAAUGUCAUGCCUCCUGUUUCAAUUCCCACAAAGAAAUCAUGAAUUCACUCAAAAUUGAUAGCAAUAAAAUGUUUCCUGUUGAAAAAUGCUGAAAUCAGUUUCUUACCACAUAUGUUGUGUUUGGCAGAUGUCAUGCAUGGGUGGUGGUUUUAUGAAUAACCCUCAAGGCCUGUUGUUAAUUUUCUCUGCUACUUGCUCUGUCUUGUUUUGCAUACACUGUAGAUACUAAGGCUCUCUGGUUCAUACUCCAACCAAUCCUGUUUUUGGUUUGGAAAAUGACCUGGCAUCUCAACACAGCCCAGACAUGUGACCAUAAGGGUCCUCACAUGGAUGGCAUGAAAAAAAUACCACAAAACAAACCCUGGACAUGUAUUGACUUCUUUUGCACAACUACGAUGAUUUCUGUAUUUGAAUAUUGAACUAUUUUUUUGAGAAAUUAAGAAGAAAUGGAAGAAGAUUCAAUCGACUCUCUCUCCUCUUCUCUUGCUCCAUCCUGCUGCUCAUCAGUGCCAACAAAAUGGGUUUCCAGACAUUGUGCAUGCCCACCACCCCUCCUGUCAUCAAUCCAUACCCCACACAUUCCCCUCUAGCCAAGGCCACACACUGAGCGACUAAGCUACACUGCAGAGACAACUCUGAAAACUGUCCUUACCCAUCUAUGGACACCUGUAAAUGUGGACUACUUGGAACUUCAUCUUCUUUUUUUUUACCUAGUGAAGAAAAUGUAAUUGAAUUGCUGAAUCACCCAAUAGGUAAUGUUGAGGGAUGAAAUGUUUUUGUAAAUGUGUAUGGAUCAAUAAGGAAUGACAGAGCUUCUGAUGUUCAGGAUCAGCUACUGUACACGUUUUUUAGAGCCUAGUCAGAUUAAAAAGAUUUGUGCUAGUGUGAAGGGUAUUUGUGAGGCCUUGGCUUGUGUUCCAAUACUUUGAGAUGGCUUACCAUGUCGUCUCUUAUUUCAGUUUGGCCAUUGAUGUUUGGAAUUGGCUCCUGUAGCAUCUUACUGGGGGAAAAAAGAACAUUUUGAGCAAAUUCCUCCACUUUUCAUGGCUAGAUAAGACAACCUACAGAAUUGCAGUGGUCACAUAGGGAAGGAGAUUAGAGAAGUCAACUUUUGCGUAUUGGAAUGCAGCUCGUUUUCUUUCCGGUGAUCUCUCUACAGUUUGUGUACAAAUGUAACGUUAUCUUGGUGUGUGUUACUCCUGUCACCGUUUUGGUGUGGAACAAGGAUAGACGUUUGAACAGUCCCUCUCGUAGCUGUAUUUACCAGUGGGUGGUGUUAUGGUAGAGUAUCUUUCCACAGCUUAUGUGCCUGUUUUUCAGACGUCAAAUAAACAUAUGCUCACUGCA